AGCAGGUUCUCUUUCCACCGAGGGAAAAGUCAAGACACAACAAAGAUUUGGGCUAGCCUCGUAGAAUAUACCAAAAUGACAAAGGAGAAACAAGAGAUGGAGACAGAAACUGGAAGUGUUGAAGAGGAUGAGAUGAAUGAAAGGCCAAAGUGGGACAAUAAAGUUCAAUAUUUGUUAACCUGCAUAGGUUUUGCUGUGGGACUUGGUAAUGUGUGGAGAUUUCCAUAUUUGUGUCAGAUCUAUGGUGGAGGGGCGUUUCUGAUUCCUUAUGUCAUUGCCUUGGUGUUUGAGGGACUUCCUCUGUUGCACAUGGAGCUGGCCAUCGGACAACGGCUCCGCAUGGGAAGUGUUGGAGUGUGGAACUCAAUCUCCCCAUAUUUAGGAGGUUUAGGUGUGGCUUCCAUGGCAGUAUCCUUCCUAGUUGGUCUGUUCUACAACAUGAUCUUAGCCUGGAUCCUCUGGUACUUCUUCCACUCCUUUCAAAGUCCACUACCCUGGAGGGACUGCCCAAUAAACUUGAAUCAUACUGGCUAUGUAACCGAAUGUGAAAAGAGCUCACCGGUGAACUAUUUUUGGUAUCAUGAAACACUGAACAUAACACCAGACAUCGAGACCAGUGGGUCCUUACAGUGGUGGCUCGUGUUGUGUCUUGCAUCUGCUUGGUGCCUCGUGUACAUCUGCUUCAUACGUGGAAUUGAGACCAUAGGAAAAGCCAUUUACGUCACGGCCACUUUUCCAUAUCUUGUUCUGACGAUCUUCUUGGUCAGAGCCUUGACUCUGUCUGGGGCAAGUGAUGGCUUAAUAUAUCUCUUCACUCCAAAUUGGGAAACCCUGAAGAAUCCUAAAGUCUGGUUGGAUGCUGCUACUCAGAUCUUUUUCUCUUUGUCUUUGGCCUUUGGGGGACUUAUUGCUUUUUCCAGUUAUAAUGCUCAGAAGAAUAAUUGUGAGAGAGAUGCCCUAAUUGUUGGAUGUGUGAACAGUUUUACAUCGAUAUAUGCAUCAAUUCCUAUUUUUGCCAUUCUUGGAUUUAAAGCAAAUGAAAACUACAACGAUUGCCGAAAUUGGAACAUACUAAGACUGACAAAUGCAUUUAACAUUGGGGAUGAAAACAUAACUCUUGAAAACUAUGAUCACUGGUUAAACUAUCUCAAUGGAACUGAUCCAUCAGAGGUUGAAAGCCUCAGUCUAAAAACCUGCAAUCUUCAGACUUUCCUUGACCAGAGCGCUUCUGGAACUGGACUGGCCUUCAUUGUGUUCACUGAGGCGGUGAUAAGGAUGCCAGGAUCUCAGGUAUGGGCGGUGCUGUUCUUUGUAAUGCUGUUCAGCCUGGGCCUGUCCUCCAUGUUUGGAAAUCUAGAGGGGGUCCUCACUCCUCUGCUGGACCUGCACAUGGUUCCACCCUGGCUUCCUAAGGAGAUUUUCACAGGGUUAAUAUGUCUCAUCUCCUUUACUGUGGCUCUCAUCUUUACUCUGGGAUCUGGAAACUACUGGCUGGAGAUUUUCAACAGCUACGUGGGAUCCAUGCCUCUGCUCAUCAUAGCAUUCUUUGAGAUCAUCAGUGUGGUUUACAUCUAUGGAAUAAAUAGGUUUAAUGACGACAUUGAAUGGAUGACAGGUCGGAGGCCGAACAUCUACUGGCAGGCUACUUGGCGCUUCAUCAGCCCUUUCAUGCUACUCGUGGUUUUUGUUGCAUACGUUGUGAUUGAGGCAGAAAAACGACCAACAUAUAGCGCCUGGAACCCAGAUUACGUGAACUUCCCCCUCGCUGAUGUUCUGCACUAUCCUGAAUGGGUUUUUGUUAUCUGUGUGCUCCUAUCUGUCCUUCCUGUCGUGUCCAUUCCCCUUGUGGCUCUCUACAGAUUCAUCGGUUUCCUGAAGAAGUACAUCAUGGACAGGCACAAUCAAAACCCAUACGCAAUUGAAUUCUGUAAUGGAGAAUUUUAAAUGAAAUUGUUUUUGCUGUUCUAUUAGAUUAGUGGUCAGGACUACUCUGAGAUAUUUUGUCAUUGGAUAACUUCCUAUUGUACAUAUUUAUUUGGAAAGAAAAGGGUAAACAAAAACUGAUUAUUUUUAUUUUUUUCUAUCUUUGUAUAGUGUGGUAUUGUAAGCUUCUAAUUUCAUUACAGUUUAAAUUACAUUAUCACUACUAUAGUGUAUUAGCCGUAACAUCUGUAAUAUCAGUAUAUUUGCUAAAUGAAAACACAUUAAUUUUGUCUUAAUUUACACAAGUGUAUUUAUAUUGGGGAAGGAAAUGCAAACAGUCAGCCAGAUGAAAUCAAUGAAGGACAAUAUCCCUGAGAAAAAUAUUAGCUUAUUACCAAAGGCUGGAACAGAGAAUAUAAGAUCUGUGUUGAUAUUUGAUUAAAGGAAGACAACAGUUAA